GAUUCGCUGGAGUUCAACAAACCAAUUGAUAAUGUUACAUUUUGUGCUGCUUUAAAUCUUUUUAUAAUCUUCAGUCGUAUUCUUCGCUGGAAUUAAUAACACAAUAAAUUCCUAUCAAUAAUAUUUUUAUUUAGGACGAGAUGAGGAAAAUCUUUUUCAACAGUGUUAGGAUUUUUUCCCAAACUGAUAGGAUUAGUAAGACUCAACUACAGGUGAAUGAAGAGGGAAGAGCAAUACCAUAAAUAGCCGGAGCUCAACCAAUGCAACAUGAGUAAUGCAAAUAACCAAUUAAAUAUUAAACACAUCUACUCAAAUGAUAUUCUACAAGAGAUAAAUUCAAGUGUUAUAAACGAACUAAAGUCACAUCUUAGGGGUUCACAGUGUUUAGUGGCAUGUUGUUUUAUUGAUAACUUUAUAAGAUGGCUUUCCCUACCGUUUUACAAAUUUGAUGAGGAUGAAUAUUGGAGUGAUGCAGCUGAAGUAAAAAUCUAUUGUCCUGAAGAUAUCCCACAAGUAUUUGACAACUUAAAGAGAGAUUGGCCGCAUUCUAUUCAUACAUAUUUUUUCUUACUUAAUUUCAUGGACUGGACAGAAAAUUCAGCUGAUGUUGAAUUUGAUUUUUACUGUCCGAAUGGAGAUCCAACUAUAGGUAGUGUUCUCGCACAGACAAAGUUCAAGGGAAGUGAUACAUUUAUCAACUAUCACUGUGUGGAUUAUAUCAGCUGCAAGGCGAUUCACGACGGAUUGAAAGAGUUUAGUGAUGUCAAUUGGUCACAGCCCUUAAUAUUCGAAUCAAUCCAUGAAAGGCUUAUUCCAGAACUGUACAAAAUUAUUUCUGAAAAGGGGUUGAAAAUAAACAAAAAUGAUAGAUGCUACCAGUUGUGGUUACCUCCAGCAGUGGCAAAACAUGUAAUGGUUGAACUGCAAUCUGAACUGUACAUGAUGCCUCUUGAUGCCAAUCAUACAGAAAUGGUAAACAAACACUGGGAGUAUUCCGGUCCAGGGACGUCGUUGAUAAUAAAAGAGACACUGACACACAAUGGAGGGUUGGGUGUACUGUUUAGAGAAAAUGACACUUUCGCUGGCUGGGCCGUGGAGCAGCACUACGGAGGUAUCGGAAUGCUGUACAUACACCCUGAGUACAGGCGGCAAGGAUACGCUACCGAGCUGGUCAAGGGAAUGGUCAGCCGCCUCGUUGACCGAGAAAUAGACCCAUUUGCUCUUAUUGAAGAACACAAUCAGCCUUCAAGACUAUUGUUUCAAAGGCUAAAGUUUGAAAGUAUAUGUAUGGUACACUGGAUAAGAGUUCAAACUCCAUAGGAUAUGCCUGUAAAGUUUAAUAAAUGAUUACUCCAAUUUAAAAAAAUUAAAAUUUGAAAGGCUUUCUUCUUCUCGGAAACAAACUACAUAUCUUGCAUACAAUUCAGUUUCAAAGUGUUUGUAGACUUAUUUAAAAAAUGUAUCAGAACAAUAGUACUUGAGAAAACAUUUUUAUACAUACACUAUAUACUUGUUAAUGUUUUCUCAUGCAACUGUAAUGGGUAAACAUUUAUAAUGAGUAAUGGAUUCAAUUGGGUAACCAACCUCUUUGUUUAAUGGAUACAUGGCGUACUCACGCUUGUAUCCGUGGAAACUGGGUAAUCUCAUUUUCCUGCGACAUACACCCAUUUUACAAAACAUGAGUUUUUCACAAAAGGAUCAGUUUUUUAAAGGGAUAUGUUGCUAAAAUAAUAAGGUCAGUUACUCAAACAAGUCCAUUCGUAGAGUGAAGUUCAGUGACACAUGUUGAAACACGCACAGUAACUGUGGUCACAAGACCUUGAAAUAUUUGCAUUUGUGCUUAUUUCAACUUUAAUUCAUCUCCUCCGCUAGGUACUGUUCAUGUAGAAGUAACAGACUUCAGUUACAACACAUCUACGCUCUACUAUCUUUACCUAAACUACAUACUU